AUGCCUCCCAAACGAAAGAGAAACGAGAUGACUUCCGAGGCAGGGGGUGCCCGCCCGUCACCCCACCGCCCUUCUAAUACUACCUUGGCCCAACAUGAGCGAGACAGCCCAGAUAGCCGCCGCCGGUCUGGUGCCGGGAGAAACACUCGAGGCCGAAAUGCUGAGCGCCGAGAUUCUGCGGUCAAUCAACUGAACACAGUCAACGCUAACGCUGGCAAUGCGAACAGUCGAGCUCCUGUCUCUCCAUCUUUUCAGAGACCAGCCAGCUCCUCGUCGCAGAAAUCCCCUGCUAUCGCCCCGGCACAACAAACAGCACCUUCAGCAAACCAGCCGCCAUCGAAUGCUGUAGCUUCGAACUACAACUAUGUGGUUCUGACUGAUUCGCGACUGGCGGUAUGGCAACAGAGUGGGCGCCAGGAAGUGGUUCAACAUGGAAUCACUUCAAAAAAUGACGAGGACGUGGAGGAGAUAACUACCAUAACUCAAGAAUUUGCACGAGCCGCGCUCGAUGUUCGCCUCAACCCCGGUGAUGCUGGCGCUUGCAUGAAGGAGAUCCUGGGCCCAGAGCCUGAGACGGAUAACGUAGGAUUCGGUUUUGAUGCACACGGUCUCUUUGUCGAUACCAUCUCCAUUUUCAUCGAAACCGAGGAUGGAUGCUCCAAGCCUCAGCUUCGCGACUUCAUUCUCGCUGCGGGUCUGUCCCCGAAACUUCUACGCCAGGCGCUCGAUCCCACGCUUCUGCAAUAUCUAGGAUUGACUCGUUCCCACUUCCCCAAGAUGGGCAUUCGUUUUGCCACAAAUCAACUAUACCGACAAUCCAACUACAACCUGCUACGGGAAGAGUCGGAGGGAUUUUCGAAGCUCAUCACGGAUCUCUAUUGGACACCGCACAGCUUGAACCAAGAAAAUCUCACCCGCGAAGAUGUGGAAGCAGGGUUCGAGCGGGUCAAGGGGUUGAUCGGAACAUUUGAUCUCGAUGUCGGUCGUGUGCUUGACAUUGUUUUUGACGUCUUCGCUUCAACCAUGAUGAGGACCUUCCGGUACUACACAAUGUUUCUGAGAGUCAGUUCCUGGUGGCCUCGUAGCCAAAUCGAGCGUUACGACCCCAUUUUUACAGGUGGACUACCUAGAUGGGCUGUCCCAGGCGCCAACUUCAUGCCUAGUCCCGAAGAGAAAGCUCAGAUGGAUGAACAGCGACUGAAACGAGAUAUGGAUUUUUGGGAACGUGCUAGAGAGGUUCACCUAGACGCAUUCUUCGAAAUUGGAGGACGACAGACCAACGAUGCCGAACUUGAGCGUUUCGCGAAUGCGUCCACCGACGUAGGUCUCAAGACGGACUUCGAGAUCGAGUGGGCCAAAGUCACCAAGACGUUACCACCAACUGGUAACCGAGUUGCUGCCCAGCUCUUUGGCUUCAAGUUGCGCUAUUAUACCUCUGAUGCCCGAGACAAGGAUGAGAUCAUCCCGGCCAAUCUGUUCUACCUCGCUGCUUAUUUGAUCAAAGUAGGGUUCUUCUCUCUGCCUGAUCUAUACGCCCACCUCUGGCCAGACGACGCCAAGAUGGAUGCUGUCAAGGAGAAGCGUAUUCAAGAGCUUGAGGAGAAGGAAAAGAAGGACAGACAGGGCUUGGAGCCAAAUGCUCUGUUGAGGGCUGGCGCACUUCCGGAUGACACGGCGCCAACCACGACCAGUCGAACUCGUGAAUCCGCGAUGGCAAAACCCGAAGCGGGCCAGAAUGAUGCCAAUGGAGCUAAAGUGGAGGAAGAAAGUCUACCGGAGCCCGCAGAAAAUCUCAAGAUGGAUCUGGUGCAGCAUCUCCUCCUCGUAGGAGCAAUUCCCGAGGCCUUAUUCAUGCUUGGACGUUUCCCCUGGCUAAUCGACGCCUACCCGGAGGAGAUCAUCUUGCCAAUCAACCGUAUUCUGCUUCACUCCAUCGAAAAGGUUUACGAGAAGACGCAAUCCAGGGCAGCCGGACCCCCGCCCAGUAGUCUUUUCCAGCCAGACGUCGCUCUGGACCAGACAGGUGUGGCGAAGGGCUAUGUGAGACUCGGAGAACGCGAGGCACCAAAGGUCUACAAAUGGCCCCACGCAAAUGGCUACAAUAGGGGUAUAGCGUACGAGCACUACCUGAAAGAGUGGUCCGACAAUGUCCCUAUCUGUCAGACAGUCGACGACGUUUUCACGCUAUGCGCCACCUUCCUAAAUGUUUCAGGAGUGAAUGUUGGACGGACUCCGGCUUUGUUGAAGAAGUUGACAGCGAUCGGUGCCAUGAGCCUUCAGCAAGACCAAUCCCAACACAACAUCGACAGGUGGCAAGAUCUUCUCCGCCGCAUCAUCAUCCCAGCUCUGAAUCUGAGCAGCUCGAAUGUCGACGUUGUUAAUGCCGUGUGGGGUCUUCUCAAGCAUUAUCCAACACAUGUCCGAUACAACAUCUACGCGGAGUGUUACGAGGGUCAGAUUUCACGACUACCUGCUAUGGCAAAGGCUUUCAAGUAUGCGCGCCUAGACACGCUAGCGAUAUUGAAGCGAUUAUCUUUGCAAAAUCUGGCGAAUUCAGCAAAGCACCUGGCCAAAGUGGCGCUCUUCGCACCGGGCGUUGUCUGCAAGGUCGCUCUAGAUCAAAUCGAGGCCUACAGCAAUUUGAUCGAGGCUUUCGUUGAAUGCGCCAAAUAUUUCACUGAGCUGGGGCACGAUGUCCUUGUCUGGUCGCUCAUGAGUUCUCUUGGAGGGAAACAAAGAAGCCGGACUCAGGAGAGUUCGGUGCUACUCACCAGCAAGUGGUUGCAGGCGCUGUCUAAAUUUUCAGGCAAGGUUUUCCGCCGGUAUGGAAACAUGGAUUCCACGCCAGUCAUUCAAUACGUCAAUGACCAACUGGCCCGCGGCAACUCCACUGACCUCGUCAUCCUGAGAGAACUCAUCACAUCCAUGGGGGGCAUCGUAUCAGACAUUGAUUUCACAGAUGCCCAGUUGGCAGCACUGAGUGGGGGCGAAGAGCUCAGGCGCCAGACACUUAUCAACCUGGGCGAUCAUCGUUUUGAAUCACAGACCACACGAAGCGCGGCUCGUUUCAUGAAGGCCCUAGUUCAUUCCAAGUUUGCGCCGCGAUUGUUGACCAACAUUGCCCAGUAUAGACAAUCUGCGAUAUACCGGUUGCCAGAGAACGAGACACACAUCAAGUUCCUGGCCACAGUCAUCGAUGACUCCCAACAAGCUCUUGCCCAAUUCGUCGAACUGCUCAGAAGUAACUUGGCGCCUGAUCAAUUCGACAAUCUGGUGCCUAGUAUUCCGCGUCUCAUGUCCGAAUUCGGACUCGAUGCCAACCUUGCGUUCUUGAUUGGUCGUGCUAGUCUUGCAUUCUAUCUGACUGGACCGGGUGCUACUGCUCCCAAGGAUGGCCGCGUCACAGGCGCAUCCGAGCAUGUUACGGAUGCUGAGGGUGAUGUGUCAAUGGAUGUGAAGGACGGUGACGACGCUUCUCUCCCUCUGUCCGAAUCGCAAGCUUCUGAUGAUCAGGUAUCACCAGUUGAGCAGGAUAACAAGGGAAAGAUUGUUCGAAAGACGGACCGUUUCCUGGAAGUUCUCCACCCCAUCAUCGACGCUGUUCAAACCCUACUGCCUUCAGAGGUAUGGCAGCUGGUUAGUCCCGAAUUUUAUGUUCUCUUUUGGUCCCUGCAAACGGGCGAUCUUGGUAUUCCAGCCAGCAGCUACAAUGCCGAAUCGAUACGACUCCAGAAAGAACAAGAACACAUCAAGAGAGACCGGAGCGACAUGAGCAGAGCUGGAACGAUGAAGCGGGAGCAACGAAAGCAGGAAAUCACCCAGCUUGCCACGAAACUGUCUACUGAGGCCUCUCAAUGCCAGGAAAGAGUGGGCAAGACAAGGAUGCUGUUGUUGAAAUCCGCUCCAACCUGGCUACCGGCUGUCAUGGCAAAAUGCAAUGCGGUUGCCGAUACGAUUAUUGAGGAAUGUCUGAUGCCGCGCAUACUCCUGUCGCCUGGAGAUGCCGACUUCUCUCACAAGAUGGUCAAAUUCCUUCACGAAUACCAAGUCGCGAACUUUAAGAUCACGGCUCUGUAUGAACGAUUUUUCAGCGUCAACCGACUUCGAUCAAUGAUAUUCGGCUGCACCGUUCGGGAAGCCGAGUUCUUCGGACGUUUCAUCAAGUUAACACUGGGCGAACUAUCAAGAUGGCACAAGAGCAAAGACAUUUACGAGAAAGAGGCUGUCAAAGGUGGCAAACACGUUGGAUUUGCCACUGCACUUGAUGACGAGGGCAAGCCUGUCUCUGUGAUGGAUCAUGGGCAGUUCCGUGAUCUACUCUGGUCAUGGCACAGGAAUUUAGCCACGGCUCUAAGAUCUUGCUUGCAAGGGACCGAGUGGAUGCAUAUCCGCAAUUCUAUAACCAUUUUAAAAGCGGUGCUCGACUAUUUUCCCGCUGUGGAUUUUCAAGGCAAGCAAUUCAUGCAGAUGCUUCAGAAGAUUGCCGAACGCGAAUCGACAUCUAAAGGCGAAGGCGAUGAUGGACCAAGCCACCGAGUAGACCUUUCCGUCACCGCAAAUACAGCCGCCUCAGCCUUGAAGAAGCACGAAUCAAAAUGGGUCAUGGUCCAGGCGUUCCGGCCAAAUACUGUGGGUCUCUUCCAGAUCCAUCGUGGCAUUCACAGUUCGCUAACCAUACCACAGACCGGUGAUCCAACCGAUGACAAGAGGGCCGCUGAGGCGUCCAAGGGUGGUACACCCUCUUCCAAUCUCCGACCAAAUGCAUUGGAGUUCAGACCCCCACCAACGUUGGCUGUUCACACGAAAGCCACGACUGAAGAUGAGGAUGACGGCGAGGUUCGAGAUAACAAAUCACAGCCGGCCAGCACAACUCACGCAGAUGAACGGAAGGACUCGGAUGCCAUGAAAGCUGUUGGCUCUCAGAAACCAGCGCCAGUCCCUCCGAGGACAGCUGAGCUCGCUAGAUCGUCUAGCCGCCCAUCUACACCGACGAGCAAAUCGGGUGCUCCUAGCCCUGGAACGAUAGCGCGCCGUGAGGCAUCCAAGCCAUCGAUACUUGCCUCUCUUCCUCCUGGUCUCCCUAGUCGACCCGAUGUGCCCUUCCCUUCGCACUUCGCGCAGGAUGAACGAGGACAUAUUCGUCUGCCGACCGAGCAUCCGCACCCUCGUGAUGCUAGAGAUACCAGGGAACACAGGGAGCCGCGAAACUCGAGGGAGCCCAGGGAAGCCCGCGAGCUGCGGGAAACUCGUGAAGCCAGACCAGCAGAGAGCACGCGGGCUACUCGUGGUCGGGAUUCGCACAGCAGCGACCGCCGCGCUCCUACGGAGAAUGUGACAAGAGAAGCUCCGCGUUCUGAUAGAGACAGGCUACCCCCGCGAUCGGAAGGAUCAGCACGAUGGGAGACAAGCGCCCAUGACCGAGAGGGCCGCCCAUCGCGGGAUAGAGCCCUACCGCCGUCCAAUGCUGGCCGAGGAUCCGAGUCGAGUAGACCACCACGAGAGCCUCAAUCGGAUGCCAAAGUGAUGCCGCCACCAGCCCCACCACAGCCUGAGACGCAAGGCCCAAGUGUCAAUCCGGAGCGGGCUCGUCUUAUUGGUACAGAUGAGAUGAUCAAUCCUGCACGUGUUGCGCUGAUCCAUGAAUCGCGACCGGCUGGCCGUCAACCGAAGGACGAGACUCGCGAACGUAGCACUCGCCACGGUUCCCCGCCGCGACGGGGUGAAAGGUCGGAACCCCGUUUAGCCGAGCCUACUCGCGAAGAACGGCCAAGCCGUUCCCACCGUGGAGAUCAUCAAACACCAUCCAGGGACAGUCGCAACGAAGCUGCAUCGACAAAUGGACCCCGAGGCGAUCGGGGCGAGCGCGACGUUGACCGACCAAUGCCAGACAGAUCUCGGGAUCUGGGAUCUUUCCAAGGACCCACACCGGGGCCGCGUGGCGAGCCUGAUGGUAGAGCAACCCAGCAAGAUCCCAACUAUGGUCGUCUGAAUGCUAUCCCAUCCAUUACAGACAUGAGCAAUGCUCCCGAUGCACCUCGAGGACGGGGGCGUAACGCGGCUCGUGCUCCACCAUCCAGCAGCCAGCCACCGUCUCGUACCGACGGCAGAUUUCCAAACGCCGACCAGUCUCAUCGAGGACCAUCCCCCGACCGACAGCUCCCACCCACAGGACCCGCGUCGUCUAGACAACGUCGCGGUCCAGCAGGCCCUGCUCAUAACGCGCCAGUGACUUCUCCGGCUCCAGUACCAGCCACCACUACCACACCGGGCAUCCAUCCGGACAGACUUCGGCAUCUUGCAGGAUCUGGCUUGGCGUCGACACCUUCCCCAGCUCCACCUACUUUCACAGGCUCUGGUGGCUCCAGUGUCAACUCGGUUGGCGUGCAUCCCGACAGAAUGAACCACAUCCAUACCGGAGUGCCCCCUACUGGUCCAUCACAAGGCCGCUCGCUUCCUCCACUGCAGACUCCUGACCGUGCGCUCAUCUCAAGUGGCAACAGUAACUCCCGCCAGGCUUCUUCAGGGCACCCAAUGACGCCUAGUACUGAUAAGAGCAACUCCAUGUCUGCGCCGCCUACUGGUCCUUCGGCUACUAAUGACCGCCACAGGACGGGCAGUCGAAGACAACUUGCAGGUAUCAACAAUGUUCUACGCGAUGCGUCGGGCCCCGACCCAAUGAGUCGCGUUGCUAGCUUGCGUGGCAGGUCUUCUAGAUCUAACCUUGCUGGCUCUGAUGCCCAGAUCCUCACAGGCGCCUCGCCCAUAUCCACUCCUGUUCACGAAAGACCCGACCCUAUCGUCAAUGAUCGUGGUGGAGAUCAUCCAGGAUCGGCGCGAGGUGGAGCUAACGGGGAUGACCGUUCUGGACGUAGUGAACAUGUCCCGGCCGUCAGCAAUAUUAGAGGCGAGCCAAACGGGCGAGGGGAUGGAGUGCGCGAUUCGCGUCACCGCAACGAGGGUGGAACCAAUGGCAGACAUGACGAACAUGGACGUAGUGGCGGAGCACGAGUUGUCGGUAAUGGACCGAGCGGUGGCCCUCGAGGUGGAGAAGACCAUCGAUCUAGGGAACCGAGAGGCGGCGAGGAGGUACGAGGAAGCCGAAAACGCCGUAGUGAGGAGGGAGGCUACGCGGGCCCCACGCCAGACGGCCACAAGAGACAAAGGCAGCGCUAG